AUGCCUCAGCUAGCCACCGCCAUGCACUCAGUUCCCCUUUCUUGUCCCCUUUACCUGGAUGUGAACAAUGGGGCAUUUAAACCGGAGCACAACAACGUCUUCACGAAGGCACCCUUCCACGAAGCUACCGACACUUCAAAGAACAUGCUUGAAAUGAGCUUCCUUUACGAGAACUUUGUCAAGGGUCAAGCAAACAUGUACCAGCUGAACCCGAAUUUGCUUGCCGAAUCAUUCAACUACUACCUCAACCAGAACUGUCGGAGAAAUGAGAAAAGCGUCAGUCCUAAAUCUUUCAGCAUCGAAUCGAUUCUCGGUUUCCCCAACUCUUCGCCACACUCUUCAACAUCUUCAAAAGACGUCUUUUGCAAUCAAUUCACCCUAGCCGACUUCCCCGCUUCCAGUGGACACUGUCAGGUGUCUGCCACUGAAUUUGUCACCUGUGCCGACAGCUACCGACAGCCACUGACUGGCCACGUCUUUGAGUCAGCCAAAGCCAAAGAACAAAUGACCAACAUCGAUAUUGGCUCCGGAAUGGCGACGGAAAAAACCUUAAGCAGUCUGAAGCACGGCUACCCUGGCCUGAACCGAAAGUCAGGAAAAGUCUUCAAGUCAAGUGCCAAACCAGUGCUGAGCAGCCAGUCAAAGUCGAAGCGCGUGCGAACUAUCUUCACUCCCGAGCAGUUGGAGCGCCUGGAGACAGAGUUUGAGCGGCAGCAGUACAUGGUGGGCACUGGACGGCACUACCUUGCCUCCACGCUCAAUCUGACAGAGGCACAAGUCAAAGUGUGGUUCCAAAAUCGACGAAUCAAGUACCGAAAGCAACAUCUCGAUGGACAGCAAUGCAAGAGUGUAUCAGACGAGAAUGAACUCCUGUAG